AUGCUGGACGGCGACGAGGAGGACGAGGCGGGCGGGGCGCCGGGCGCCGCGGUGGCCCCCGGCCUCAAGCGCAGCCACGAGAUGAUCUUCCAGCCCGAGCCACGCCCCCUCGCCGCCGACUCGCCCGAGUCCGAGUCGUCGCUGCCCGACGAGCGCCUGCUGGCCUCCAGCCUGGAGGACGGCAGCCUGGCCAGCGUGCGCACGGUGAUCGAGGCCUCGCCCCGGGGCGCGUCGCCGGUCGGCGCCGAGCCGCACGUGGUGACGGCGGGGGCGGGGGCGGGGGCGGCGGCACUGCCCGCCACCGCCGACAGCGGCACCAGCACCGCCGCGCCCGGCCGCGGCCCGCCGCUCGCCAGCGUCACCAUCACCACGUCGUCCGUGGCCGAGCACGGCGUGCAGAGCGUGUGCACGCAAGUCACGUCGCAGGCGCGCGCCUCGCCCGGCCAGACCAACGGCCCCACGCAGGUGGACUUCAUCCCGGAGUACGACCUGGACGUGGACGCGGCGCCGCCCGGCCCUGCCCCCUCCGCGGCCGGGGCCCCGACUUCGUCGCCCGCGGCGCCGCGCCGCCCGGGCCACCGGCGCACCGAGUCACGCAUCCCGGUGCCGACGGCCCCCGCCUCCGCCCCCGCGCCCGCGACCGCCCCCGCGCCGCGCGCGCGCCCCGACGACCGCGCCGAGAGCGACGGCGCGCUGGCGCAGAGGGCGGCGCUCACGCUCAAGGAGACGCGCAGCGACGAGCGCAAGGACGUGGACGAGGCCGAGCCCGAGAGCUACCACACCGAGGCCGACCAG